AAAUUCCAUUGCUGCUCUUUAUUCUCACAUCAGAUUGCCAGUGGAGAUCCAAUUUGGCUGACCCAAAUCGCAAAAUAAACAUAAAUAGUUAAUGGGUAUUCUAAAUCUGUUCUGUUUCUGUCUUUUGGUAAUGGCAGCAAACGCAUCUGUUGCAGACAAGAAUCCACAGCAGGUUCACAUAUCUCUGGUAGGAAGUGAUCAUGUGAGAGUGUCAUGGAUUACAAAGGACAGAAACUUGCCCUCCGUGGUGGAAUAUGGAACAUCAUCUACAGGGGAAUAUACUUCCUCUGCCAUUGGUGAGAGCACGUCAUAUAAGUAUUUCUGUUAUCAAUCUGGUGCCAUUCACCAUGUUGUCAUUGGACCCCUCAAUCCAAACACACUGUAUUAUUACCGUUGUGGAGGAUAUGGGCCUCAAUAUAAUCUCAAGACCCCUCCCUCAAAGUUCCCUCUAGUUUUUGCAAUCGUAGGUGAUCUGGGGAGAACAAAACACACAAAACAGACAUUGGAACGCAUUAAAGAGAUGAAGCAUGAUGUUUUUAUUUUGCCCGGAGAUCUAUCCUACGCAGACAGGUUGCAGAAUGUGUGGGACUCUUUCGGUAAGAUGGUGGAGCCUCUUGCGAGCACCAGGCCAUGGAUGGUGACCCAAGGAAAUCAUGAAGUAGAGAUCAUUCCAAUUCUUAUGAAACACCCUUUCAGAGCAUACAAUGCAAGAUGGAGAAUGCCCUACGAGCAAAGUGGUUCGAUCUCAAAUCUUUUCUAUUCUUUUGAAGUUACAGGAGUCCAUGUACUCAUGUUGGGCUACUACACAAAGUUUGUGAAGGAUUCAGAGCAAUACAAUUGGCUGCAGGAGGAUAUUAAAAGGAUUGACAGAGUGAGAACGCCAUGGGUGAUAGCAGUGAUGCAUGUACCAUGGUACAGUACAAACAAAGCCCACGAGGGGGAGGGAGAAAAGAUGAGAAAAGCAUUGGAAGAAUUACUUUAUGCUGCGAGAGUUGACAUGGUUUUUGCAGGUCACGUACACGCCUACGAACGUUUUAGUCGAGUGUAUGACAACAAGAGUGAUGCGUGUGGAUCCAUUCACUUUACUGUAGGAGGUGGAGGCACCAGCGAAGGGCUUGCUCUCAAAUUUAAGGAGCCAAAAUCUGAGUUAAGUGAAUAUAGAGAAGCGACCUAUGGGCAUGGGGAACUUCACAUAUACAAUGCAACUCAUGCACAUUGGUCCUGGCAUCGCAAUGCAGAUGAGAGUUCGGUUGAAGUGGACCCAGUUUGGAUUCAGAGUCUCUCAACUUCGACAAGGUGUGCAACUACCCAUUUUCAGCCAUUAAAAGAAAGUGUAAAUAAUAUUUUUCUCAACGGACAAUGCAAUGCGUUGUAAUCUGCAAUAGAAAUGUAAAUGGAUCUUUUUAAUGGUUUAUAGUAAUACGAGAUUACUAUAUUUUUGGAGGGUGUCUAUCUUAUAAAGGAGGAUUUGAAGAAUAUAAGUUCUCAAUCAUUAGAUCAAUUUAAGUGUAUUAUUAUAUUGUAAUGUAAAUAAUAGUUUUCGCAAUGAACAAUGUGAUAUGUUGUCAUCUGAAAUGGAAAUGGAAAUGGAUCCUUUGUAAUAAUUUAUAUUAA